AUGAGUGGUUUGUGGAGAUGGCGUGAGAGAUCAGAGAUAAAAAAACAAAAUCUGGAACGUCUUACUCAUCCCGUAGUUGUCAGAACUCGUAAAGCAGGCGAAUGUGUUAUUGAAAAUGGUGCCAACAUCAACGCGAAUGUAGAGGGUAUAUCAAUGGACCCAGGUCUCCUGCAGCAGGUGUGGAGUCCCGCUACGCAACUGCUUAACUACACGUGCACGAGCAGCGAGUGCGCAACGUUGGGGCGCGAGCGCGACGAGCGCGUGAGACAAUAA